CCCCUCGGCCACCGGGGGACCCCCGCUCCGGCCCUGGGGUCGGGGCGUUGUGGUGCGGGCGCGAAGCAUCCUCCUGCCCGUGGGGGGGCUCCGGGGGGCUCCCGGGGGACUGGUGCCGCGGGGACAUCGAGGGUGGGUGGCCCCAGGGAGCGUGGUGGCCCUGGUGGGCUGGGUUGGGGUGCCCGGUGCCACGCGUGGUGUCCCGCCUGGUGCUUGUGCUGGGGUCUUUGUGGGGAGGGCGCUGAGCCCAGCCACGCAGCCCCCGGCUCUGGCGGAGGGCUGGGAGCAGAACAAUAGAGGCACCGGUGGUCUCCUGGAGAGACCUGGCUGGAGGGAGAAGGGCUUGCCCGAGGCUGGGGACACAUCCCUUCUGCUGCUGCCCCCGGGCCCGCCGGCAGCCCCGCCACCUGCCUCCCUUGCAUCAGCCCAACGCGUGCUGCUGGGUGGCGGUGGCGUGGCUCCUCUUGCGCCUUUGGCCAGAAGCUGGGUUGCUUUCCUCCAAAUUUCCUCCCCGACCUCCAGUGCCAGUGGCUUCUCUGGGACUUUUUGCAAUUCCCCGGCCGCCCCAUGCUGCCCUUUGCCAUCGCCCUCCUUCCCCGUGCCUCUGCUCCCCCCGCCGUGCCCGCGCCACAGGGUGCAGCAUGGCUCGGGGACCUGCCCGGGAGCAGGUGGCAGGCGGGUGCCGGCGCUGGGGUGGAGGGAGCUGUCCCCUCGCCCGCCCUCCUGGCGCUGCCAUGCUCCCUUGUUUACCCAGGCCUUGAUGACUCUUCCCCCAGAUGUGUCUUGUAAGGGACGGGUUUGAGCCAACUGCCUGGUCAGGAUGAGCUGGAGCUUCCUGACGCGGCUCCUGGAGGAGAUCAACAACCACUCGACCUUCGUGGGUAAGAUCUGGCUCAGCGUCCUCAUCGUCUUCCGGAUCGUGCUGACGGCCGUGGGGGGCGAGUCCAUCUACUACGACGAGCAGAGCAAGUUUGUCUGCAACACGCAGCAGCCUGGCUGCGAGAACGUGUGCUACGACGCCUUCGCCCCGCUCUCCCAUGUUCGCUUCUGGAUCUUCCAGAUCAUCAUGGUGGCCACCCCCUCGGUGCUCUACCUGGGCUUUGCCAUGCACCGCAUCGCCCGCAUGCCUGAGUCCUCGCGGCGCCGGGCGCCAGUGGCCCCACGGGGACGCAUGCCGGUGGUGCGGCGAGGGGCCGGGCGGGACUACGAGGAGGCAGAGGACGAUAACGAAGAGGACCCCAUGAUCUUUGAGGAGAUCGAGGUGGAGAAGGAGAAGAGCACGGAGGGCGGGGAGAAGCACGAUGGCCGGCGUCGCAUCAAGCAGGACGGGCUGAUGCGCGCCUACGUGCUGCACCUGCUGUGCCGCUCGCUGCUGGAGAUGGCUUUCCUCUUCGGGCAGUACCUGCUGUACCGCUUCGAGGUGAGCCCGUCCUACGUCUGCAGCCGCAGCCCCUGCCCGCACACCGUCGACUGCUUCGUCUCCCGCCCCACCGAGAAGACCAUCUUCCUGCUCAUCAUGUACGCGGUCAGCGGGCUCUGCCUCUUCCUCAACCUCUGCGAGCUCCUGCACCUCGGCGUGGGGCGCAUCCGCGACGCGCUCAGCCAGACCGCCAGCCCCCCGCACCCGCCCGGCGGCAGCCCCACGCCACAGUACGCCAAGAAAGCCCCCAGCGCGCCCCCCACCUACCACUCGCUGAAGAAGGAGACGCUGAAAGCCCCCCUGCCCAACGGCAAGCUGGACUACAGGGAGAACCUGGCCAACUCGGCGGCGGAGCGCUUCGCCCUGGCCGGCGCUCCCCCCGAGCACGAGCUGGAGCGGCUGCGCAAGCACCUGCGCAUGGCGCAGGAGCACCUGGAGAUGGCUUUCCACCUCCAGCCGCCCCCGCAGCCCCCCAGCCCCUCUCGCAGCAGCAGCCCCGAGGCCAACGGCAUCGCCGCCGAGCAGAACCGCCUCAACCUGGCCCAUGAGAAGGGUGGCAGCAUCUGCGAGAGGACCACGGGGCUGUGAGCGCGGAGGACGGCGGGAUCGGCCGGUCGGAUGCGGCUGCCAGCUCGGGACAGUGACGUGCGUCUGUCCCUUGGGACUGGCCAGGGCAUCCCUGUCCCAGUGGGCAGCUAUGGGGACUGGGGCUUGGGGAACCUUCCUUCACUGUUCUUAAUUUUUUUUAACAAAGGGAAUAUCUUAUUUUUGUACAUUUUUAUAAACUCAGCAGCGUGCACCCUGGCAUUUUUAUACUCCCUUAGUGAAACCCACUCUAGGCCUGCACCUCCCCUCCCUGUCUCCCAUUUCACCCCCUUUUCCCUCUCCCACACCCCAUUCCCGCAGCAUCUCCCACUUGUGCCUCCCCUGUGCCCCCUGUGCUCGCCGUCAUCUGCUGCUGAGCACGUGCAGGUCACGGCAGCAGUACUGAUACCUGCGGCGUGGGGGCUGCACCCGGGCUCCGGCUGGCCGGGCCAUCCCACGGGGCAGGGCACGGAGCUAGAAGCAGAGGUGGCAGCAGGGACCUUUCCUGGUAGGAGGGACACGUCCUGGUGGCACUGCUGCUGGAAGGUGUGGUGGGGACACACAGGUCCCUCUUUGCCUCUUCCUUGCCUGUCCCCUUCCCGGCUGCUCUUUCCAGGGGACGAAGAGGUUUCUGGGUGCAGGGGGUUCCCUCUGUGGGGGCCCACGCUGUCCCCGAGGGGCUGUAGCAGCGGGGGCAGAGCCGUGGGACACCCUCACACAUGGGUACGUACGGAGUGGCUGGGGCUGUCCUGCCAGGAAUGUGUGCGCAGAGGGCAGGGGCCGGCCUUCCCGUCUCCUCCGCUUCCCUGCCAGCGGCUCCGCACACCGCGGGGGUGGCCGGGCUUUGGACCAAAGCCGAUCCCCUCCUGCUAUGGGGCUGGGGCCCCUCUGUGGGGCUGGAUCCCCGUCCCACGGUGGGGCUGUGCAGCGCCCGAGCCGGGGUCGGCAGGGAGCCAGUUGGGCAUUUCUGAUCAUCUCAGCACGGGUCGCGCAGUGAUUUUGUAGCGUUGUUUUGUACUUGGAUGAUUGUGACUUUUUUUUUUUUUUUAAUAUCUAUAUUCAGUAAAGGCUGGAGACGUUUUGUAC